CAGUCACCAAAAACAGAGUGAGUGAAGAAGUGGAAGAAAACGAACAAAGCAUUUCUUUAUUCGUUCUGAGAAGGAGCUUUCACUUAAAAUGAAAAUCUUUCUUCUUUUCACCUUCUGCCUGAUUGCAGCUGGAUCUGAUGAUGUAACUACAGUAACUGGAUACAGAGGGAGAUCAGUUCAGAUUAAAUGUCCCUAUGAAUCUGGAUAUGAAGAAAACAACAAGUAUCUCUGCAGAGGUGAAUGUCCCCAUUGGCCUGCAACCAAAGACAUUCCUGUUCAGUCUGGAUCUCCUGCUGAAGACACCAGAUUCUCUCUGUAUGACGACACAACAGCCAAAAUCUUCACCAUCAACAUCACUGAUCUGAGAGCAGAGGAUGCAAACACUUACUGGUGUGUGGUACAGCAGAAAGGGCCUAAUAUUUACACAAAGCUUCAACUGCUGGUUAAAACGGAUGAUUCUGCUAACAGUACUGCUUCACCCACCACACACUCCACUUCAACAAGUCCAUCAGUGCAUGCUGAGAUCACACGUACAUCAUCAUCCUCAACAAUAACAGCAGCUAAUUUGCUAAAUGAUGCUAAAGACCCAACCAUCGCUUCUGUACCUCAGAAAUUUCCAACUUCUGCUUUCAUCAUUGCAGUAUCUGUGCUCCUAGAGCUGCUUCUUAUUGCCAUUUUAUUCACUUUCAGUGUACAGAGGAAAAAAAAGACGAUGACACAAGCCUCGUUUUCAGCCCUGUCUCCACACAGCUCCUCAGACAUCUUUAUGGUUCCAUGUCCUGUUUCUGAAAAUGAGGAGGUUUCAAACAGUCUUUACUCUGCUGUACAACUUCCCUCAGCCCCGUCUGAGAUUUACUCCAACACUGGAUUACCCACAAUUCCCUCUGAUCCUUCACCACCUGUUUAUGCUGCAAUAAAACGCCCAGCACAUCAGGACGUCUACUCCACAGCUCAGUUACCCUCUGAUUCAUCAGUCAGUGCUGCUCAGUCAUCAGAUAAAAAAUCAGGUGAAAGUAUAAAAUACGCAACAGUGAGUUUUGACAGCAGUUUGAAUGGUGCAGCUCCAACACUGAUCUCCAAAAACCAGAACCUCUCAUGUGAUUAUGCGUCUGUUACCAUCACUAAAUGAGGCUAGUUAAAGUACAUUAUGUUGCUAAAAGUGGAAAAUUUUUGACAAUUAGCUGUUAUGAGAGGAACACAACAUCUGGCUCAUGCUGUUACAUAGAAAUAAUUAAAUUUGGGGUGAUAAUAGCUCCAUAAACGCCAUCAUCACACAAUCCUAUCACUCAGUUUUUUAUAGUAAACAGAAAGAAAAACAUGGUGAAAAAAAAAAUUGUAAAUAAGUUGCAAUAAAAGACCCUUUGCAUGAAAAGCUUUAGAUACCGUAGUCUAACACCAUUUUGAACUUCAUUUGACCUUCAUUUUGUCUGUGUUUUUCUGUUUAUGCAGAAUUUCAGUAUACAGUAUAAUCUGCUUAAGAAGAGAAGUGAAAAGAUUUAGAUUCAGUGUUGUGUAGGUCUGGUCUCUCUAAGCUAAUAAAACCUUGUUUUUGGAAAAGAUGUUAUGACUUCUCAUUAAAUUCCCAGCACACUUGUGCUCAUGAGACUCGAUUGUCUCGUCCAAAACUAAUCACGUCCUCAACCAUGACCUUUUUAUUUAACGCCCACUGACACAUAAAACUAAAAGAUCAUAAUGUUUGGGGGAACAUUAAGGUC